GCUGGUCAUUGUGAUCGACAUUCUUCUUUGCUUCCCACGGUUGUCCUUCUUCUUAAUCAAAUGCCAUUAUUCCGUCCUCGACCUUUGGUCCGAUUAGUCCAUUCAUACUUUCUCUAAAAUAUCCUGGGAAUCACCGGGGGUGUGCUGAUAUCUUUCCUUUUUUUUUCUGGACAAUGUAUUUCGGUGUUUUAUACGGAUAUAUAGCAUUGUGACCAUCACAUUGCACUGAUCAUUCAGCUGGUCCGGACGUGGUGUUGAGAGGGUGUGUUCAGUAUGACCCAAGAUGGACGACAUAGCCAUGGAAACAACACUCCGCCUCUCUCGCCCAUUCUUAGAUCAAGCACACUGGAUGUCCAGACACUGCGGAUCCCAAAGAAUAAGAGCACGUCGAACCUGCCGCCGACCGCAAACGAUGCAUCCUCCUCCUCGUUACUCAAUCCGCGGACACGCUUCUCCUUCGAUGCUGGUACAACGCAGGAGACGAGCAAUCUGAAGAGGUGUGUUCCGGAUGCCAAUAUGGGUGAUUUGAUCUCUGACUGAGACAGAGCCACGCGUCUUGACCAUGAACAUGGACUUGGAAAGUCAGGUCUGCGAAGAAUUAGACGGCCAGGCCCUUCACUGCGGACACCCACUCUGGUCCUGGGAGAUGGCGACUUUCUCGCCUCGCCCCUACACCACUCAAAGACCAUGCCGAUCUCUGGCUCCUCGUCGAGAUCAGUCUCGACUGGACACCUGCUGAGCGGUCCGACGUCUCCUGUUAUCGAGGAUCUUCACCGUUUCCCGUCGGAGUCAUUACACUCGUUUUCUUUUGCCAAACAAUCGGAAGAAUUUCUACAUAGCAGACAAAACAUAUUGCAAAAAUCGGUGGAUUUUGUGCGAGAUCGGUCUCAAUGGGCCAUCAAUCCAGCUCUGGCUGACGCCCAAGCACGAGUCAGCGGUAACGUUGAGGUACAAGGAAUGAUGGAUCUUCUCAAAAAGGCCAACAUUAUACCCAUUGAUACUGGUCGCACCAAUUCUCGAGCUAUCGGAGCAGGGCCUCUCACUGGUCCGGCUCAUCACGACGGACGUAACAUCUUUGAUAAGAGCUUCAGCCAAGAAUUGGAACAAGCACAGAAGGAAGCCGGACUACAAUAUGCAGAAGAUCAAAGCAUUCGGCGCAAAUACUCGCUUGAUAAUGACGACGAGGACGAAGAAUCAUUCCGUGAGCCAGAUCUAGAGAUGAGAAUACCUCCAACGCGGUCUGAUUCUAUGAGCGCCCCUCGACGAACAGCUCUUCGGAGGACCUACACCGACGUACACUCUGUGUCCCUCCAGCAGAAGUUGAUAGAAGCUCUUGCACAGCCUUACUCCACCGAAGAUGGUUCUUAUCCUCAAAGCACUGUGACCGUGUCCAGGAAUAGUGUUCCUACUACACCGGCGGUGGCUAAUCCGUCAAACGUGCACAACCACAGCAGCAAAUGGUCGCCAACUCACCAAGCCGUCUUUCGGACUGAGGGGGAUGCUCCGUGGACUAUUCUAGCUGCCAACGAUCUGGCCUGCCUUAUCUUCGGCAUCUCACGAGCCGAGGUGCGUUCCCUUAGCAUUCUGGGAAUUAUACAGGAAGAAAGAAGACAAUGGCUAGAGACCAGGCUUGCUCGCCCCGAAGAGCCUGCAGAAGACAUACGUCCAACCCCGUCCAAGAACGGGACGGGAAGCGCAAGCAUGUCAUUGAUUGGGUCUAAAAGCGGUAUUACAGCUAGACUGCUUAGUAAAGCUCCCUCUAGAGCUAACAAACCUUCAGACACAAGAGCAAAGACGGUUGACGGUUCUGGUGGCUACAGCCGUUCAAAACCUAUGAACCACCAGCCUACCAAAUCCAGAGGCGUUCUCCUCUGUGGCGAUAUCGUGCCUAUUCAGAGACGCGAUGGCACCAAAGGAGCAGCAAGCUUCUGGGUCAUGGAGAAGCGAGGCGGUCUCAUCUGGGUAGUAGAAGAGAUUGCCGAGGAUGUUGCAUAUGUGAACGUCGAUGAUGAUGGCACAGUCAAAGAUGCCUAUGGAGACGUCGAAGCCAUCUGGGGGCAAUCGGCCCUUGAAGGUCUUCCAUUGCAAAGCCUGCUUCCCAAGUUCCCUCUGAAAGAUGUGAAUACAUUUGAUAAGCUUCAUCCAGGGUUUUAUACAGCUAGAACGGCUGAACAUGUGAAUGUUCCCACAACGGUCGAGAAGUCACCUACGGAAAAUCAGCUUCGAGUUUCGAGUUUGCCACACAUCGCCGGUGUGAUGGUUCUCAAUCCAGACAACCUGAAGAUCAGCAGCUCCAACAACAUCUUUGCCGCCGCGUUGUUUGGCUAUGAGAAGCCUGAGGGCCUGAAAUUUACCACUCUCAUCCCAAGUUUCGGUGACAUGCUGAACAUCUUGGCCAGCGAAGACGACGUUCAGCUGUCGGAUGGAAUUGUGAUACCGGAGCACAGUUUUCGUCGAGCUCGUGGUCUCCUCGCACUACGCGAAGGAUACGAAAACCCAACCGAUAUCUUUCUGCGGCCCUGCGGACUACCGGCGAAACAUCAUGAUGGCUCUGAUAUUAUGGUUGACGUCCAGAUGCGAGUGGUUCGAAGUGAGUCUGUGUUCCCAAUGUCCGACGAUGCUAUCAUUGAAGAGAAGGAAGAUGAAGAUCUCAGUGGAUCAAGCGUUGCAGUGGCCGAACUUGUCUACGCCGUCUGGAUAAUCUACUCUCGAAAUAUUCAUUCCGCCGGGAUGAUAGGAUCCAGCACUGGCCCUGAGCCCCAGUCACGUCCUAUGUCACCGCCUUCUCAACCAGAGCCGCCGACUUCUCUGCCAUCUCCGCCACCCACAAGGUCCACUGACAGUCCCCAAACGUCAAUUCCCUCGGAUGAGCCGGAUGAGGCAGAGUCAAUUGCUAUGGAUGAGCCCUUGGACCAUCCACCUCCCCACACUCCGUACAUACCGCAUGAAAGAAAGACAAUCGACGACUUUACGAUCUUGGAGGAAAUGGGAUCCGGUGCAUAUGGCCAAGUGAAGCUUGCUCGCUAUAAACGAGGAGAGGCCAGGAAGAUGGUGCUGAAGUAUGUAACCAAGAAACGCAUCCUGGUCGAUACAUGGACCAGAGAUCGGCGUUUGGGCACUGUACCGUUGGAAAUCCAUGUUCUUGAUUACCUUCGCCGUGAUGGACUUCGCCAUCCAAACAUAGUGGAGAUGAUCGACUUUUUUGAGGAUGACGUGAAUUACUACAUUGAAAUGUUGCCGCAUGGCAUUCCAGGCAUGGAUCUGUUCGACUACAUUGAACUCCGGACGAAUAUGACGGAAACAGAGAGUCAAAGUAUUUUCCGCCAGGUUGUCGAUGCCAUUCACCACUUACACACCAAAGCGCUUGUGGUCCACCGCGACAUCAAGGACGAAAAUGUUGUGCUGGACGGAGAGGGUCGCAUAAAAUUGAUCGACUUCGGAAGUGCUGCUUACAUCAAGAACGGACCCUUCGAUGUCUUUGUCGGCACUAUAGAUUAUGCUGCACCAGAAGUUCUGCAAGGGAAGCGAUAUGGAGGCAAAGAACAGGAUGUGUGGGCAUUGGGGAUUUUGCUGUACACGAUCGCGUACAAGGAGAAUCCGUUCUAUAACUUGGACGAAAUACUCGACCACCCCUUACGAGUUCCGUAUCUGCCGUUCUCUGAGGAGUGCCUAGAUCUCAUUCGAAGAAUGCUCGACAGGGAUGUCGAGAAAAGAAUUACGAUUGAGGCAGUGCGGGACGACGUGUGGCUCGAGGACGAUUGAUGAAAGCUUGGUCGGGGACUUUUUGCUCCUUCGACAGCGUUUGUUCUUCGCAAGAUGAUACGAGCGCGAUGAUAUCUACGAUUAGGGACGCCAUAUAAAUCACGAAUUCGGAUGAUAGGCAAAUUGAUUUGAAGGCGAAACAAUGACAGCGAACAUGUUGGAUAUUCAUGACCCCCAUGAGGCAAUAAAAGAAAAGCCUUUGGGACGGAGAGGGUGACGGCGGGUACUUGAUAUCACCAUGGAAACAUUGCGAUGCAAGAACGACAAGACGAAGACUUUGUAGAAAAGAUACAUGGGGUAGGGAUCGAACGUCGAGAUCGAAAAUCGCCGUUCGGUAGGCCCGGUGCAGUUGUGCUCCGGAAGAGGCGCGCCAGCCGUGUAUCAAAUAUUCGUCAACGUGAGCUUGUGUUAAGCGGAACAGCAUGAUCAAUAUCAUUCAACGUUCCAGCCAGGAUUUUAUUUCUGGUGCUAUGAAUAGGCCCAGGACACCAACAGAACACUUUGAAUUCUGCCACAUCUCGAAGGCAGGCUGACAACCAGGACAUCGCAUCUUAUCAGCAUGGUAAGCCAAUGAACACUGUACAGCUUGCGUGCAGCUCUCGAGGACGGCCUGCUUCGACAAGGGUCAGAUGCACAAUGCAAGGGCAAGAGGCCUUUAGAGAUCUUUCUAGGGCAUUACCGCUCUCGGGACGGAGCUCUUCAUCACACCGGUAUUGUAUUGGAGCAUACCCCGAAGUGUUCUCUCUGGGACGCCUCUGCUAGCGACAGCUUUGCAUUUCGCCGAUGCCCAAGAGGCUGGGGCGUCUCCAAGAUGGUAACAGGACGAGGGUCUGGACAGGGAACCUGGGGCCAGGUGCUUGAACUGCUGCAUGGUUCACGAAUCCGAGGUCCACGGAUGUCUGUGCUCUCGCUUUCUCUGGCUAGUCCAGGCGAGAGGUUGCCACGCGGGAUUCCAGCCCAUCGACGCUGGGUUGAAUCGGGUCUGGCUCUGGAUACUCGUAGCGGACCGGGUGGGCGUGCGAGACCAGGACACUGCACGUCUUUCUCUCCACUUGGGUAUUUCCUUGAUGGCUUUGUGGAGAGCAACGGUGCAUCAAAGAACGUCGAUUCGACACAAGUUGAUAUGGAUUCAGGUCGUUCCCUCGGGUAAGUGAGGAUAAUGCGACGCCACUCUGAGGCGAUUGGGGUAACAAGGGUCCAAGCCACGGCGGAAGAGCUACAGCACACGCGCCCGGUUGUCCCACAAGAUGCCACCGCGAGGGAGACGCAAAGCCCCUCCUCCUCUGGACUCGUAUACGGGUAUUUUAUCGUUCAUGCUCCGUAGGGUGUGAAUUUAGCCAUAUAAGCGAGGUGGACAAUGCCGAGAGUCACCAUGGCGUACGAGGAUCGAAAGGGCCAUUGAUGCCUUGUUCUGCUGACUUUGAGGGAUUGGAUGAUUCCCUGUUUUUGUACCGAAUACCAAGUAACG